ACGAGGAAUGUUUGAUAUAACAGUGAUUUGGUAUUUUGAUUUAUUUUCCAUAGUUCCAUACAUAAUAAAAAUUGAAUUGUCGCCAUCGAUUAUACCUCUGAGCAGAGAGUCUAUACCAUAGCAUUGUAGUAAGUGCCACCUGGUUUCUAUUAGCACGAAGGAAAAAUGGUCAGAAAUUAGUUUCAGGUCAUUUUCAGGACAACUAGUUACAUAAGAAAGCAUAACUAGGGUAGUUGACUAACUUGUCAACAGUUUCUAUUUCACCAGCUUCACAAAUUACAGUUAGAUUUUAAGUAACUUCACAAUUUAUCACCUUGAACAAACUUCAAUUUACCUGCAAACCACUCGUUUAUUUUUCCAUUAUUAUUUAAUUACUACUCCUCGUACAAGAAAAUCAAUCAAAAUGGAAACCAGCUCAAAAAUUAGUCAGAUAUGGAUGCUAUGUGCAUGUGGUAGUUUCAUUAGCUGCUUCAUUUUCUUGAUAUGCCUUAAGCACAAUGAGGCAGGUUAUUUCAAGGCAAGAAGUGGAGAAGAUGAAGGGAAUAUAAUCCAGAAAAACAGCAAGAAUAAGUGCAAUAUAUUUGAGGGAAGAUGGGUUUAUAAACCAAAGGAGAGCCCAUAUUAUGAAGCACAACAAUGUCCAUUCCUUAGCGAACAAGUGAGCUGCCAAAAGAAUGGAAGGCCUGAUUUUGACUAUCAAAAUUGGUCUUGGGAAGCUCAUCACUGUGUCAUCCCAAGUUUGAAUGGCAUAUAUAUGUUGGAGAGGCUUAGAGGAAAGAGGGUAAUAAUAGUUGGAGAUUCACUAAACAGAAACCAGUGGGAAUCUCUCGCUUGUCUUCUUUAUUCUACAAUUCCUCCUUCAAGGGCUCAUGUUGAUGUUAGGAGUGGCUCCUACAAAGUCUUUAAAGCUAAGGACUACAAUGUUACUGUAGAGUUCUACUGGAGCCCAUUUUUGGUCCAGUUCAAAUCAAACAAACCUGGUGCCCCUAAGGUUUUGAGGCUGGAGAAACUCGAUCCAUCGUCUAGGCUUUGGCAAGGAGCUGAUAUUAUGGUAUUCAACACAGGUCACUGGUGGGUGCAUAUUGGAAAGUUGAAGGCGUGGGACUUUUUCGAGUACGAGGGAAGAUUAGUUAAUGAGCUGAAGUUAGAAUCAGCAUUUGAGGUAGCAAUGAGGACCUGGGCAGACUGGAUAGAUCAGAAUGUUAACUUGAACAAAACAACAGUUUUCUUCAGAAGCAUUUCUCCAGAACACAAAGCUCAAAAUGGAUGUUACAAUAAAACACAACUCAUCACUGACAAGUCCCAUGCAACACAUUUUUCUGAGUCACUGACGGAGAUUGUUGAAAGAACAUUGUCACAAAUGAGAAUCCCUGUAAGAUACUUAAACAUUACCGAGCUCUCAGAGCACCGCGUAGAUGCACAUCCAUCAGUCUACGCCAAAAAGAAAGGAAAAGAAUUGGUGAAGAGGAAAUUAAAGCCACCGGAGAGUUUUGCUGAUUGCAGCCAUUGGUGCCUACCUGGACUGCCUGAUACAUGGAACAGGCUACUAUAUGCAUCUCUGGUUUUGGAUCACCCCACUGAUUCCCAUAGUUUAUCGCAUUUGGUUUCUUGAAAAUCAGAUAUUGACUACCAGUAAGCUACAUAUUAGUUGCUAUAUCAGUACUGUAGGGAGCAUAUAUAGCAGUAAUUGUAACGUUUAUGUUGAACUGUGCUGCAGAGAAAACAUUUUAUUAUUGUGCACAUUUACCUAGUUCUAAAAUGUACAGGAAAACCUUGACUAACAAUUUAGUUGGCCAAGUCCACAUGAAUCCAGAAGAGAAACUACAUACUUCCAGAAAUGACCAACAACCCAAUAUAAUCCCACAAGCGGGGUCUAGGGAGGGUGGUGUGUAUGCAGGCCUUACCCCUACCCUAAGGUUGUUUUCGAUAGACCCUCGGCAACUCUUUGGCAAUGUGAUAUUUGGAAUGAUCGAGCAAGUCCACAUGACUACUGCUCGGUUGGGUUGAGACCUUAAGAAAUAGGACUACAUAAUAGAAAAUCUACUACAUAGGCAUACAAAUCACCAACAUACCCUUCCAACUCUGUGCGUUAUGGCAAAGAACAAGAAGUUAUCAAAAGGAGAAAUUAGUCCAUUUACUACAAAGAGUGCCUCCAUUUGUUGACAUCCAAUCCAAUCUAGUAGUAAGCAAUCCAACAAAAGCAACCA